AUGCCGAGACCUACAACUGUUGUUCUUCUACUACUUCUGCUCGGAGUGCACUCCGAAGCACAACUCGGUCAAUUAUUGCAACCAUAUCUCGUUGGACCUCAUAAUCAAAGAAAUUCAACUCGUCUUGUGCUCACAGAUGAACUUUGCUCUCAAGAUGAAUGUCUUAUUCAAAAACACUGGUCAUCGGAAGACAUCUGUGCCUAUGUGAAGUGCAAUAAAGAUGCAUGUGAAGGUGGUGGAUACCUUCAAUGGUCCCAAUAUAUCAAAUGCGAGUAUAAUACAGCUGUUCGAGUUCGUUAUUUGUUGAUUGUCAGUAUAAUCUACUUGUUCUUUUUGUUUAUUGUGAUGACAGUUGUGGCUGAUGACUUCUUUUCCCCGUCCAUCGCUGGAAUUGUACGACAUUUGAAGAUGAGUGAAUCUAUUGCGGGAGUAACAUUCUUGGCAUUUGGAAACGGUGCACCUGAUGUGUUCGGAAGUAUAGCUUCAGUUAUCACAACUCCCAAACCUAAAGCUGAUUUGGCUAUUGGAGACAUUCUAGGAGGAGGAAUAUUCGUCACUACUGUAGUUUUGUCAGCCAUUAUUCUAACAAAGUCUUUCAAAAUUGCUGUUCUUGCCACUAUCCGUGAUAUCCUUUUCUUCAUAGUGGCUGACAUUUUCCUUGUUAUUUGGUUUAUAAACUUCAAUCAUGUUGAGAUUUGGAUGCCUCUCACAUUUCUCGGUCUCUACGCCGCCUAUGUAGUAUCUGUGAUUCUGAUGAGAAUAAAUUCCAAAAGACGGAAGCGAGCUAGACAUUUGAAGGCUGAAAAUGAAAGAAAGGAAAGUCAGAUGAAUCAUCACACUCAUAAAAUUUCCACUGUUAUUGGAUUUGUUAUGGACUAUGCACAUGUUAUAAACUUUUUCGCAAAUAGCAAAAUCUCUGCUAUGACGAACAAUGUUAAAAACUUCCUGGAUGAUAAAACUGACUCCUUGGAAGAUGGAUUGGUUGAUGAACAGAGUGAUGACGAGGGAGAAGAGGCUGAAUUCCAUAUUGCUCAUCGUCACGUCUACAAGUCUUAUGAUGAAGCUAGUCUAGCAUUCACGGAUGUCGAAGAAAUCCGACCGAAGACUUGGAAGUCUUGGGAUUGGGUUAGAGAUGUUGCAAAUCACCUGAGGCCAUGGCCAGGGAAAGGCGAACUUAUGGAGAUGAAUUAUUUUUCGAGAGCGAUCUCCAUUAUUGCAAUUCCCCCAACUUUCUUGUUUAAACUCACAAUUCCAUCGAAUGAGAUGCCAUGGUCAAAACCGAUUCUCAUCAUUCAUUGUUUCUGUUCAGUGCAACUUGCCUUAUUUGCUGUUCAAAUUUCGGCGAAAUCUCCGUUCCAUGGAAGUCCCGGACUCUGGAUUUAUGGUCUUCUUAUUUCAACUAUCGUGAGCAUUCUGGCUCUUAUCUUCACACCACUCGAUAAAGAGCAAAAAUAUUACAGGGAAAUCUAUUCCUACCUUGGCUUCCUGAUGUCCAUCGCUUGGAUCUACUGUACCUCAUCUGAAAUUAUCAAUGUUAUCACCAUGAUUGGAGUGGCUACUGGAGUGUCACAGGAGAUUCUUGGUCUAACUAUUAUGGCAUGGAGUAACUGUAUUGGUGAUGUCGUCUCGGAUGUGGCAGUUGUGAAACAAGGGUUCCCAAAAAUGGCAAUGGCAGCUGCUAUAGGAGGACCACUUUUCAGUAAGCACAAAAACUCAAAUCUUCUUGUUGGAUUUGGUCUUCCAUUCACAAUCGCUUGUCUCCAAGGAAAACAAAUUGACCUGCAAAUCACUGCGGUCUACCGACUUCUAAUGCUUUUCCUUGCCAUUUCUCUAAUUACUUCUCUGAUUGCAAUCUUUGUUCAAAAAUUCAAGGUUCGAUGGCCUCAUGCAGUAGCUCUUCUCACAGUUUUUGUAUCAUUUCUUGUUUUUGUACUCCUCUCAGAGACUCAUGUUUUAGAAUGGAAGUGA